AGCCCUGGUCGGGGCCGCCGCGCAGCCAUGCCGACCUGGGGGGCCGGCUCCGCGGCCCCGGACCGCUUUGCCGUGUCUGCGGAGGCGGAGGACAAGGUGUGGGAGCAGCAGCCCCACGUGGAGCGCAUCUUCCGCGUGAGGAUGAGCGUCCUCCGGAAGGACUGCCCCGAGAACCCUCACAUCUGGCUGCAGCUGGAGGGCCCCAAGGAGAACGUCAGCAGAGCCAAGGAGUACCUGAAGGGUCUCUGUAGCCCAGAGCUGCAGGAUGAAAUCCACUAUCCACCCAAACUGCACUGCAUCUUCCUGGGGGCCCAGGGCUUCUUCCUCGAUUGCCUGGUCUGGAGCACAUCAGCCCACCUAGUGCCUGGGGCGCCUGGGUCACUGAUGGUCAGCGGCCUCACGGAGGCCUUCGUCAUGGCUCAGAGCCGAGUGGAGGAGCUGGUGGAGCGGCUGAGCUGGGACUUUCAGCCAGGGCUGCCUCCUGGAGCCUCUCAGUGUGCUGGAGUGCCGAGGGACUUCUGUGCCCUGCUGCAGCCCCAGGGGGAUGCCCACAGAGAGGCCCUGCUGCAGCUGCCCCUGGCUGUCCAGGAGGAACUGCUGAGUCUGGUACAGGAGGCAUCCAGGGGACAAGGGCCCCAAGCGCAUUUCUCCUGGGAAGCGGGGAGCCCAGGCCUGCUGGGUUCUCAGCAUCAAGGAGUCAGAGCUCCCCUGAAUGAAGGCAGGGGGUCCCUGGACACUGGACCUACAGGGUGGCCAGAGUCAAGAGGAGAGAGACAUGCUAUAGAGAAGGAGGGACAGAAGCAGGGUGGCCCCAAGGAGAUGGAUUUGGGAUUGAAGGAGCGGCCUGGGGAAGAGGCCUGGGAGAAAGAAGUGGCCUACAGGUCAGUGUCAGGGGGAGGAGAGGUAGGGCAGGAAGGGUUCCUGAAGAAGAAGGCCCCGGGGAAGGACGGGGGGCCCCAGGAAAGAGGAGGAAGGUUUUGUAUCCAGGGUGAGCCUCCUGGUGCCCAGGGCUGUCAGAGGGCAGCUCAGCUCCGGGGAGCCUCUCUCCUCCAGCGGCUCCACAACGGGGAAGCCUCACCUCCCAGAGUGCCUAGCCCCCCACCUGCACCUGAACCCCCAUGGCAUUGUGGAGACCGCGGAGACAGGGGAGACAAGCAGCAGGUUGUGGCUCGAGGUCGGGGGUCUCCGUGGAAACGAGGCACCCGGGGGGGCAACUUGGUGACUGGCACACAGCGUUUCCAGGAGGCCCUACAGGACCCUUUUACCCUGUGCCUUGCCAAUGUACCUGGCCAGCCAGACCUCCGCCAUAUUGUCAUUGAUGGCAGCAACGUGGCCAUGGUGCAUGGCCUCCAGCACAACUUCUCCAGCCGGGGCAUUGCCAUUGCUGUGCAGUAUUUCUGGGACCGUGGCCACCGGGACAUCACUGUCUUUGUGCCUCAGUGGCGCUUCAAUAGGGAUGCCAGGGUCAAAGAGGGUCACUACCUGCAAAAGCUCUACUCCCUCAGUCUGCUCUCCCUCACUCCUUCCCGAGUCAUGGAUGGCAAGAGGAUCUCUUCCUAUGAUGACAGGUUCAUGGUGAAGCUGGCUGAAGAGACCGACGGGAUCAUUGUCUCCAAUGACCAGUUCCGGGACCUGGCGGAGGAGUCUGAGAAGUGGAUGGCAAUCAUCAGAGAGCGCCUGCUGCCCUUCACCUUCGUGGGAAACCUCUUCAUGGUCCCUGAUGACCCAUUGGGGCGAAAUGGCCCUAUGCUGGAUGAGUUCCUGAAGAAGCCAGUCAGGGCACAGGAAUCUUCUAAGGCUCAGCAUCCUGCCAGGGGCCCCCCAGAACACAGUCAGCAGCAGCAGGGGAGAGAAGAGGAGGAAAAAGGCAGUGGUGGCAUUCGGAAGACCCGGGAGACUGAGAGGCUCCGGCGCCAGUUGCUGGAGGUGUUUUGGGGCCAGGAUCACAAGGUGGACUUCAUCCUGCAGCGGGAGCCUUACUGCCGCGACAUCAACCAGCUCUCUGAGGCCCUGCUCAGUCUCAACUUUUGAGCCUCACCUGCCCUCGUGGCUGCCAUCCCAUCAGCUCCAGCCUUGCCUAGCUUAGUCCCUUCUGUGAUGCUCAGACCCUGCCCCAGACCCACUCCGAGUUGGUGCAUUGGGUAAGGGAAGCACUGAGAAGAGCCUUCGUGACUGGGGAAUGCUCUUGCCUGGGGCACUUUGGGGACGUAAGGAGACCUGAUCUCCUCUUGAGUCAGGACCUCAACCAGCUCUCAAGGGGUUCUGGUCAGCCUUCACUCCUCAACCUUGCCUGCCUUAGCACAGGGUUUCUGUAGGGAGUGCAGGCUGCUGGAAAGGCUAGGUCCUGGAGAUUGGGACUCCAGUUCCUCUGUGGGAGGGGAAUGAAGACAGGUGGCAAGGAAGCAAGCCUUUCCUACCCCUGGCUGCUGCUCUAGAAAGCCAGAGGACAGGAUGCUCCCAGGCCUGGCAGAACUCCUGGGAACCUUGAAAAGGGAAUGCGGGGCCCUGGGAAGGCUGGGGUCUGGGUUACAGUGGGCAGCAGGGAGCUGGUGGGGAAAGUAGAGGAAGACUUGGCUUCUGGUCUCAGCUGUGCCUGUCUGUGACCUUGAUUGAGCUACUUGCCCUUUACUUCUGCCUAUAAAUCAGAUGAAAAAAUGCCUGUUGGGGGAAAUGAGAACAUGGAGCAGGGCUCUUUGGAGGAAAAGGACAUGGACCAAGUCUCAGGUGUGUCUGUCUGUGGCUGCACAGGCUUCCAAACCAAAACCUCAUUUUCAGAGAACCAAGUGUCCUCUGUUCCCAGGGCCUGCGCCCUAGAUUUUAACACUGCGCCCUCAUUUUGUGCCCUAUAAUGGCUGCGUCCCUUUGGGCAACCCCAAAUCCACCUUUACAGAACAGUUAGUUAGGGGUGACUGUUUGCAUUACCAGAAUACUCUCAGGGUUCCUCUAAAUGGCAGCUCUCCUGUUGCAUUCAAGUGUUUGUUUACAGAUUACCGCAUGUGUCAGAAAGUCCCCUGUUCAAUGCACUUGCUGUGGUGUCGCGCAUUCACCAAAUCAAUGGAAGCCAUGCUCUGCUAUGACAAUGUUAAUGUGACCUGACCCUAGCGUUUUCUCUACAGAACAUUUAUGUUGCAUAAAGCAAGGCCCACUUCUGCUUUGUGUGUGUGUGUGUGUGUGUGUGUGUGUGUGUGUGUGUAUGUAUGGGGUUGGGGGUGGGGGAGGGCUACAGAGGUUGUAACUAGAUGAACUAAUUAUCUGGAAAAUGAAAACUGAAGAAUUAAAAUGGGGAGAAUCAGA